GAAGAGCGUAGAGCGUAGAGCGUCGAGCGCCGUGACCUCGAGACGUCACAGCGUGCGCAAUUCUCUGGUUCAGGUUGGGUUUCGUUGCGGUUGCACAGCCGAGACGGAUCGAAUGGUCGACGAAUCACCGAAGGGCCCGAAUCAUUUGCUCCAUCUUCUCCGCGUCCCAAGUCUUCCUCCCGGACCUUGAAUUUCCGCUGCGCCCGGUGAAUUUCCUGCGUUUCUCGGUCGCGUGAUUUCGCCGUGCUGUGUGAUUUGCAAUCUCGCGCGUUUUGAGUACUCAUGGAAAGGCUUCACAUUCUGAGAUGUUGUCUGUCUGAAGCCUGAUCAUUCGGGAGGUACCUUGUUAUCUCAAAGCAACAGUAUCUCAUUGACUACAAAACCGUUGAGCGAGAAUGACGAUCCUUGGAGUGAAGAGUACUUGCUCGCUGCAAUAUGUUGCCAAUGUCGCCACCACAUCAUUCCAGUUCCAAGUUGACAAUGCGCUAUGUUCCCGUACUUUAGGUGUAUAUGGCAAGCUGAAUCUGGAAAUCUCAAGGGCUAAUCACCCGCGUCAUGAUUUUCGGGUCGGCCGGAAACCUCAAGUUAGUCGACCAGCGUCUCACGCAUCAACAUGCUUUGACUCUAGAAUCCUGCAGCUAGGCAGGUCUGGAAAUGUUGGGCGUGUAUGUUGCGUCAUGGAGAGCAUGGAAAUUUCGGAGGAAGAAAUUUUAGGAGAGGAGCAGCGAAUUCUCGAAGAGGAGCAGGAAGGAGAACUGUAUCUAGGCAAGGAAGAAUCCUUUGAAGUGGCGGAUACUAUCGAUGAAAACAGUGAAACGGUCCCACCCGAGAUACGCGAAUGCUGGGACCUUUGGCAACGAGUUGGGCUUCCCAUAUCUAAGAUUGCCAAACAACGGAAUAUGACGGAAACGGGUGUAUUUUUCUGUAUAUUCAGUUGUAUUCAAAAUGACUUUUAUGUAGACUGGUAUGAACUCUGCAAAGAAGCGCAAUUCACUCUAGAUAUUUCGAAGAGACUGAUUCAAGCCACAGAAAAGCUGGUUGCUGAAGCUAAGGGUGCUCCAAUCGAAUGGCCUCCACUUAUGAAACUUUGCUCCUCUGGUGUCACUGAAGUUCAUUUCGGACUGUACAUGACAAUGCUGAGGUGUGGUUUUUCUUAUGAAACUAUAUUGAAUAUAGCAUCACAAAGGGAGUAUGGCCAACCUGUAACGGACUGGGGAACACCGAGCUCGGAUGAUGAAAGGUUUCCCACCCAGAUAUCAGAAGCAGCUAUGUUACAAUGGCUCCUAGAGAAAGAUGGGGCGUCGUUGUUGGAGAUAGCUCUGAAAUACAGAGAAUGUGACGAAGUAGAGCUUAUGCGACUGUUGUUGCACUUAGAAAAGGUUGGGAAGAUAUUUAGAAGGCAAGGAAUUUUUAGAGCCUUGUAAGUCACUUUGCACCUUAUUACAUUACUUAGAACUACGUAAAGAAUCUUGUAGCUUAAAUGUCAUGGUGUUCCAGUUCACACACUCCUCUGCCAUGCAUGCAAUUCAGUUAAUUAUUGGCUAAGAUCUGGAAUCAAUAGAUCCACUGUAUGUUGAGUUCAAAGGAAUUACGUUGUUACGGAGAUCAAGAAUUAUGCCUAGAGGUUCCGAAUUAGAACGGAGAUGAAAACUGUUGGAAACAGAAAGCUAGCAUGAGCCCAAGGUCAUGAGAAGCAUUCUAGUCCCAGCCGCCUAAGGUUGCAGUUUCCGUAUGAAGCCGAACACGGAAGGUUGAGUACAUACAUCAGUUAAAUGAUCACAUCCUCUGGACUUCUGUGCAGCAUCUGAACAGUUGUUAAAACACGUCGAACUAUCUAAUAGACAACUGGUUUGUUUAGCCUCAAAUCGUAAGGAUUUCACCGAUAAGGACAUUUCCUUGUGCGGUCAACAACGAAUCAACUGUCCAAGAAUACCUUGUAGAGUUUAUCGCAGUCCUGAAAUUACAUGCAUGUUCACCAUGUAGCCCUAAGUGUUACUUUGAUGACAAAUGAA